AUGCGAACAGAAGAGGGUAUGGCUAUAGUAAAAGAAGACAUGAAAAAAGAACGUGAAUAUGAAGUGAAUCAACGGAAAUAUGAAAUUGAUGAAGUACUCAAAUUAACUAAAGCUCAGUCGGCUAUUGACGUCUGUUUCUUAGUAGACUGCACGGGCAGCAUGUCAGCAUACAUCGAUGCAACAAAAACACAAAUUCGUCAACUUACUGACACUAUAAUUAAAUUACAUGCUACAAAACCUCAUCUCGCGUUCGUUGGUUACCGCGAUAUUGAUGAAAAUAUUGAGAAACUCGAUUUCACUGAUGAUGUGAACAUAUUCAAAAUGUAUCUAGAUCAAGUGAACGCAACCGGUGGUGAUGAUACAUGUGAAGAUGUUUUCAGUGCACUAGAGAUUAUUCCUCAACUCUCUUGGUCCAAUCCAAAUCAUAUAAUAAUUCACAUAUGUGAUGCGCCUUGUCACGGAAAAUCUUAUCAUAAACUUCAAGGUCCAGAUGCUGACAAAUAUGCAAAGGGCGAUCCAAAGAAUAGAGAACUUUCAAAGCUACUAUUAGAUAUUAAACGAUUGAAAAUAACUUAUUGUACAAUUCAACUGAAUGAAUCUACGAAGAUGAUGUUUGACGAGUUCGCUUUCAUCUAUGGAACAAUAUCAGAGAUGCACGUUAAAGAUCCAGCGGCUUUGAUGAAAAAUAUUUGUAUAACAACAAGCUCUUGUAUUUUGAGUGGCAUUGAGUCGACAAUGUCUUCGUUUCGUACAUCAGAUAAGACAAUAAAACCCUAUAUAAUGUUGAAUGAAGAACCCUAUUGGGAUGAUUUCGAAGCGCACACAGUUCAUACUAUUGAAAUUAUGUAUCCUAAUACAAUGAACGAUAUAUUUCAACCUUUAUUUGUUGGCAAAGGUAGUGGUCAAAUAAAGAUAGCACCCCAUCCAUUUACGAAAGGUUCACUUCGAUUCGCUUUUUAUGGUCAGUUUUCAAGUGAUGGAUGUGACCUAGUAGACGUUGUCUUUAAAGAAUUCAUCAGUAGUGAUCCAAGAGGUAACAGCUUACAAGUUUACCAAGAACAUCGUGAAAUUCAGGUUAUUGCACAAUUUCUAGCAGGCAAAUUCAAUACUGAACUGACCACAACAUUUCGGACGCCAACAUAUAUUAUAUACGCAGAUGCUGAUAUUGUCCAACAAAAGAACGACACAACAAAAAUCUACCAAGUGGAGCGACGCUUCCACCAGGCCUGGCAAAAAUGGAGCAAUAAUAGUGGCGGAGUGUCCGUAGCUGAAUAUUCAACAAUACUACAAGCAUUCUCUCAUUGGACACAUAACAUCACAGCUGGUCGUCUUAUGGUAGUAGAUCUGCAAGGUGCAAGAAGCGAAGGUGCUUAUUUACUUACUGAUCCUGCAAUACAUUGUGAUAAUAUAUUACGAUUUAAACAUACGCGUACUAACCUUGGCGUAAAAGGUAUGGGCAGUUUUUUCCGCACCCACAUUUGCAGUGAAGUAUGCUCAAAACUCAAACUACCAGUGCAACAAUUUCCAUCCGGCUCAGAUGAAAUUUAUCAAAUCUUAGAAUCAAUCGAUAAAUUGGAUUGUGAAACGAUUGAAUGUGAGCCGACCAUGCUAUACAAAGAUGAUUAA